GGGGCUCAGUUGCUCAUUUGUUAAGUAAAUAUGGAGCCUUCAAAGAAUCAGUUAUUAUUAAUUAUACAGAACAACUCUUACGGGGCCUUUCUUACCUCCAUGAGAAUCAGAUAAUCCAUAGAGAUGUUAAAGGUGCCAAUUUGCUAAUUGACAGCACAGGUCAUAGAUUAAGAAUUGCUGAUUUUGGAGCUGCAGCCAGGCUGGCAUCAAAAGGAACUGGUGCUGGGGAGUUUCAGGGACAGUUGUUGGGAACUAUUGCAUUUAUGGCACCGGAGGUUCUGAGAGGUCAGCAAUAUGGUAGGAGCUGUGAUGUGUGGAGUGUUGGCUGUGUUGUUAUAGAAAUGGCUUGUGCUAAACCUCCCUGGAAUGCAGAGAAACACUCCAAUCAUCUUGCUCUGAUAUUUAAGAUUGCUAGUGCAACCACUGCUCCAUCAAUCCCUACACAUCUGUCUCCUGGCUUGAAAGAUGUGACUCUUCGGUGUUUAGAACUUCAACCUCAGGACAGACCCCCAUCAAGGGAGCUGCUGAAACACCCAGUCUUCCGUACUACGUGGUAGCUACUUAUGUAUAAGGCUGAUAUACUCAAGAAGAUGCUACUGAAUAUACAAUAACUCUCUUGCGGCGCAGUUAAGCACAGAAAAUCAUAUUAUUCCGAUGGCCUUAAUGACAGAUACAUCAAGGACUUAAGGCCAGUGGAGGAUCUUACCUAAGUAUGUGAUUGACAAAUCUUUACCUAAGCUCGGUAUGCAACAUUUCACAGCUCAUGCAGAGUUUUAUAAACUGUGCCUUUCAAACAUCUGGCUCUAUGUGAACACAAAAGCAUUUUUCCUUAAAUCUGCAUGAUUAUUCAGCAGAUAAGUGAUUUUUAUUGUAUGUGGAGCACUUUUUCAGCAAUAUUAGCCGCUGAGGGGCUCAGGAUCUAUGUUAAUAUAGCAAUCACUGUUCCAUUUCACAUCAUGUAGAUGUAAGCAGAGGACUCUGCAAUUAGCCAGUU